AUGGGUAAACUAAAGCGUAAGAUCACCGAAUUGGAUGAUUUUACCAUCGAAAGUAGCUCUAAAGAACAGCUAACAGAUGAAAAAUUACUGAAAUCCAAGCAGAAAUUUGUUGAUAACUUUAUUUACGACUUUACUGAAGAGGAAUUGGCUGCCAAACACACCCUUGAAACUAUUUUCAAAAAAUGUCAUUCCUUCGGUUACACAUACAAAUGUAUUAAAGAAGCAUUGGAUCUUGAUCCAGUUCAAAUUGGAUAUUUUGCCAAGGCAAUUGCUGUAGUUGCCGAUUUACAGCUGAUUGAGUUGAAUAAAUCGCAAAAUGUAUUUGAUACAAAUUUCCAUGAGCCAUCAGCUAACGAUGAUAAAAAAAAUAUAUUAAUCGAUUCUCCCACUGAAUAUGAAACGGAUGGUCACUCCAAUGUUGAAUUUUUUCAACAAAAAGAACAAAGUUUUUAUCAAUCCCUAGAUGCGGUAUUAUGUAAUUUGGUACAAAACACGCAUAUUCCUAUUCCUAUGGACACUGAUGGUAAAUAUAAUAUAAAUGAUGUUGAUUGGUAUGUAAAUCAGCUUGAAUGCGGGGUUUUGUCAAAAUUGCUUCCCUUUGGACAGGAAUUCUUGCAUAAUAUAAUUAAAAUUACCAAGUCAAAUAAUAUUGGUAAUUUGCUCAAGUUUAGCCAAGAGUCAAAUUUUCUAAUAUACACUUUGCAACGGGGAAAUGGAAUAAUCACACAUUGGAUAAGUAAAAUACUUAAUAAGUCGGAAACUUCAGGGACCAGCUUGUUUGACAAUAGUGAAAUAGAGUGGCAGGAGGCCAACAAUCGCAAUUGCAUAGAUGUUCUGAUCAAAUUAUUUGAUUUGGCAGCUUCCGUUCAUAAUGACAUUCAGAGUUAUGAAAUGGCCAGGGAUAAGUUGAAACGAUUGGAAAAGAUAGAAAAUGAGAGUAUAGAGCAUAAGCGCAAACUUGAGAGUGAUAGAAUUAGAAAAUUGAAUUCAAAGAGGAAUGCAGUGACUUUUAUAUUAGAAAGGAGAAGUGAAUAUGAUAAAUUGAGCGCAAACUCAAAAAUGAAACACCCAUUUUACAUACUAGGUCAAGAUGUUAGAAAGUCAAGUGUCUCAUCACUUAAAAGAUUUAGUAAGAAACUUAAAUCACUUCUACAUCCAGAUACAGAAACUGAUCCUCAGUGGAAGGAGAAGUGUGAAAAUUCCUUUAAAGAAGCUUCCUUAGCUUUGGAUCUGUGCAUGGAAUUGCUUAAAAAUCCUACUAAAUUAUCGCACUGCACCAACGGACCUAUAAUAGAUUUUUUUGACAAUGAUCUCAAGGCUGAUACUAAUGCACACACCGCCAACAUCAACCAUGUUAACAGUUAUCAUGACUUAUACUCCAAUUCAAAUCCAUUUAAUGUAACAUACAUGAUUAUUCCUGAUUUUACCGUUGAAUGUAUUGACACGAAGAUUGGCACUUUGCAAAUUACAAUUGACAUGACACUAAUUUCGCAAAAAAUAUUCACCGGUAACAUUUAUUUCAAUGUCCUGGUGCAUCGCCCAGUUCACGGUGAUGAGCCCAUAACUAUUAUUCCCAAUAUUGAUAAAUUGUCCUUCUGGAAGAAAGUUGAUAUAUUAUUUACCAACUCAAAUUUCCACACCACUACGGUGGAGGCGGUGCAGCCGAUAAACUUUGGUGGAAUGAAGAAGUAUUUUGUGGGAGUGCAAAUUGGCGGUAAAAUGGGUUCUUCGCUCAUAAAGUGGAAGAGCAUCUACGUAGAAUUGGAAAAGAAGGGUAGAAACGCCAAGCAAAUGGAGAUAUUGCUAAAUACAUUUGUGGGCGCUCCCUUUGUAUCAAAGGGCCAUAGUCAGAUGGUCAAUAGCAUUAGGGAUAAUAAGGAUAAAAUGGAAAGGUACCUAAAUGAAUGUAUUGAGGCUGCUCAGAGAUGGGCUAAUAAAAUUUAA